AGGAGAAAUUUGUUCUUGGGCUUCAUCUCAACGACGUAAUGAAGGUCGUUCAAUAACUCUUCGUGCCCGAGUUGAACAAAAAUGUGAUUUCCGAGAAACAUUAAAAAAUAGUAUAAACAAAUUAGAAGCAUUAAUAGGCCUCCGAAGUGGCGGUCUUCCUGAAGCUCACCGAAAAAAAAUUUUUUUAGAUGCUCUCGACUUGUCAAUUACGAUGAGGCAUACCCUCUAUGCGUUUUUUAAUUAUAAUUCAAAUGCUCUCGAUGAAGAUUCACAUAAGGUGUUUGUUCUUGAAGUCCAAUCAUGGGAUCGUUGCUAUGGACUGCAAAGGAAUCGAUAUGGAAAGUUAUCUACAACUGUUUUGCCCAAUUCUACAAAAACACUUGCAUGUCUUGAAAAGUUCUUUAUUGAAAUGGAAAAAGUAAAG